UUUCAUUCUAAGAUAAUGGCAACUUCCAUUAUUUCUCUCUCAAAUCCAAUCUUCAUUCUAAUAAUCACAGCUCUAUUUCUUCUUCUUUCGGUCUACAUCUACAAUAAGCCACAAAAAAAGGGGAAGACCACCAAGAAGUAUCAUCCAGUUGGUGGGACUAAGUUCCAUCAGUUUAUCCACUUUCGCAGGUUGCAUCAUUAUUGUACUGAUCUGGCUAGAAAAUACAAAACUUAUAGAAUAUAUAGCCCUCAUAAUAGUGAGAUUUAUACAACUGAUCCGGCAAAUGUGGAGUACAUCCUCAGGACAAACUUCGACAAUUAUGGCAAGGGAUCGUUUAUGAACCACACCCUAAAGGAUCUACUUGGCGAUGGAAUAUUCACAGUUGAUGGGGACGAGUGGAGAGAACAGAGGAAGGUAUCGAGCCACGAAUUCUCUAAGAAAGUGUUGAGAGAUUUUAGCGGUGUAGUCUUCACCGAAAACACUAUAAAAGUCGGCAACAUUUUGUCAAAAGCAGCAAGUAGCAACCAAACAGUCGAUAUAACUGACUUGUUCAUGAAAUCAACAACUGAUUCAAUAUUUAAAGUUGCUUUUGGAAUCGAUUUUGACAACAUUAGUGGCUCAAAUGAAAAAGGAGCUAGAUUCUGUCGUGCAUUUGAUGAUGCAAAUGAAUUGGUACUUCGAAGAUUUUUUGACUUAUCAUGGAAGAUCCAGAAGUUUUUCAAUAUUGGGCCCGAAGCAGAGUUAAAGAAAAAUAUCAAAGUGAUUGAUGACAUCAUUUAUAAGUUGAUUCAGACCAAGAUUGAAAAAAUGAGAGAGGGAAACGAUGAUACUUUGUUGAAGAAACAAGACCUUCUUUCGAGGUUUUUGCAGAUCAAGGAUAUAGAUCAAAAGUACGUACGAGAUAUAGUUGUAACGUUUGUUCUUGCUGGUAAAGAUCCUAUAGCAACUAGUUUGUAUUGGUUCAUUUACAUGCUCUGCAAACAUCCUCAAAUUCAAGAUAAGGUGGCAAAAGAAAUUAAAGAAGCAACCAACAUGAGCAUGAAAGAAUUAGAGAUCACAGAUGUUGCGGAGUUUGCAACGCGUGUGACCGAGGAAGCCCUUGACAAGAUGCAAUAUCUUCAUGCAGCUCUAACAGAAACCAUCAGACUCUAUCCUGCCUUGUCAAUGGAUGAUGAGAUGUAUUUUCAGGUAGGUGAGUAUAUACUUCAUUAUGGUCGAGAGGAGUUUUGUCUUGUGACAGGACUUCGUUAUGGAUCGAUGCUGACCCUCCGUAGAGUAAGGGAGGGUUUCAUUCAUAAAAUUUUUGGUGACAGAAAGUUGAUGGUGCGUGAUGUCAUUCAUGUUUUGGGUACCAUUGGGAAUAGUGAAGGUGAGGAGGACGAUCUUGAGGAUGUUGAUGAUGUACGUGUUUGUUUGAUGAUGAUGGUUGAGAUCUUUUUUCUGGGCCCUCAAGGCCAUUUGCCUGUUACUGAUACCCUAAUUAAGGCAAUAGAGAAUUUUCAGGGUUGGAACCAUUUUCCUUGGGGAUCUUUUAUCUAG